AUGUCGUCUUCCGUUACUGUCGUGAACUCUGCAGCGCCAGCGCCUGGCCUGUACUCGCAGUCUUCGAUGGACUCGCUCAACUCGCACCCGUCGACCGCCGCACAAGCUCGCGCUUUCACAGCCCCAUCGUCACUCUCGUUUCCGGGAGGAACCGAGACCAUGCAGACUCCCCCGUCUGAAAAAGACGGCAGCGUGCCCAACGGCACCGCGAAGGCUGGCUCUGCUACCCCAGCGCCUGGAACGGCCACGGGACCGGCGGCUGCUGCGGCGGCGGCGCAGGCGGUGGGCGUGAGCGGCAUCGUGCCGACGUUGCAGAACAUCGUUGCGACCGUCAAUCUCGACUGCCGUCUGGAUCUCAAGACGAUUGCGCUGCAUGCCCGCAACGCCGAGUACAACCCGGUUCGUAUACUCUUUUACUCCGCCCAAGCACUCUACCUUCCCGCGGCCCACGUCCUGUCCUCUCCUCGCCCCCUCGUCGUCUUGCAUGGCGGCCAGAUGGCCUGGUCUGAUUGGGUUAAACGUUUCGCUGCCGUCAUCAUGCGCAUCCGCGAUCCGAAGACGACUGCGCUGAUCUUUGCCUCUGGCAAGAUGGUCGUGACUGGUGCCAAGUCGGAGGACGACUCCAAGCUGGCCAGCCGCAAGUAUGCGCGCAUCAUCCAGAAGCUGGGCUUCAACGCCAAGUUCACGGACUUUAAGAUCCAGAACAUUGUCGGCUCGUGCGACAUCAAGUUCCCCAUCCGCCUGGAGGGUCUGGCCUCGCGCCAUCACAACUUCAGCUCCUACGAGCCGGAGCUGUUCCCCGGUCUGAUCUACCGCAUGAUCAAGCCCAAGAUUGUGCUGCUGAUCUUUGUCAGCGGCAAGAUCGUCCUCACUGGCGCAAAGGUCCGCGAGGAAAUCUACACGGCAUUCGAGAUGAUCUAUCCCGUGCUGCAGGAUUUCCGCAAGGUCUAA